GUCAACACAAUCUAGCACUGUCUUGAAAGUACUGUUCUUAGAAAUGGCUAUAUGUGCUAUUUAGUGUAAUGUGGUGAAAUAAUUUGGUUUAAUUCUAUUGUGAUUUCCCAUAAAUGAUAAUUAUGUUUAUGAUGAAUGAAUGACUUUAAUUAAAUCUUAUUCAGUGCAUUUUUUGGAAUGACUAAGGAAAUACACACUACCAGAAACAAGAGAAUAGUAAUCAACCACUUACAUGAUGCAGAUUUUGGAUGCUUUCCUGUUGCCCUUAGUAUUUUUUGCUUCCUCAUUCUCAACUCAGCCAGUUUACCCCAGCAAGUAUCGUGGUGUGGUUAGUGCACUGUGCUGUUUUGUCAUUGUGGCAUGUGGCCUCAUUUUUGCUACUGGGGUACCCAGCAAAAUGGCAAUGCUGUACGUUGUGAUGGUGAUCCCAGCUGUGAUGGGCAUUGUGCCUGUUGAAGAAAAAGUGAAAGCUGUUAUAUCUUAUACGAGGUACUGGGGACUAAGCAUGGUGUUUAUGGGACUGAUGCACGGUGAUGUGAUGAAAGCAAAAUUAUAUAUACGAUUUGAGAAGUCAUUACUCAAACUGCAAAAACAAUUCAUCAAUCUUAACACCAUUAUAAUUCAGUUGCUGUUCUGCUUUCUCGCCAAGAAGAUCUUUUGUCCAAAACUGGGUCUGAUGUAUGUCAUGUGUCUGUAUGCUAACCUGAGUUUCCUAUUGAGACUUCUUAAGAGAAGAGCAUGGAGGACGCUGUUCAUUGCAUGUAGUGUCUCCCUCUGUGCAAGCAUACUGUCGGAGAGCUGGACAAACACAAUGCUCACUGCAGCCUACCUCUUGCUUAUCACGUUUCCAGGUGUACCAGGGGAGGACUCAUUGGCUGUGUCCACUGUACGUAGCUGGAAACUCUCAAUACUAGGAGGAGUGGAAGAAUUCUGGGUGCCCAUUCUAACUCGUGUCCUAUCUGCAUUUCUUGCUACCAUUCUUACUGCUGUAGCUCUUCCAGAUCGCGCUGCGUGGAAGCUGUGCAUGUGGGUCUGGUACUCCAAUGUGUAUGUGUAUCUGCUGCAUACGGUGGAAUGGUAUUGGCCACCUAUGGGAAAUCAGAUGGAACAUCGUCGCCAGUAUCCGACAGUAGAUCGCCAAGGGCGUGACUGGACAGGUCCUUGUUCAAUCUGCCUGGAAUCUAUUAAACCUUGCACUGCCACUGCUACCACCUGUGGACAUAUCUUUCAUGGAGAAUGCCUUAAGAAAUCUGUGACAACCAAUAACAAUGUCUGUCCACUUUGCAGAUGGCCUCUUGUGGCUAUGCCCUCCACUUAAAACAAAAUAUUAAACCAGUCUUUUACCACAAAUUGUGAAGUAACGUGGACCUUUAGUUACUGCUAUAAUCUGGUUGGUUACUGUUGAUGGUGUACCUGCCAUUUAUAUUAUCUACUAAAUUGUGCAUUGCCUCCUUGUUCAUUUAAUAAGAGCUGUGAUGAUGUAUAUUGAAAUGUGUCAAUUAUUCUUGUCUUUAAGGCUGCACUUCUUUCUAACAUAUCCUCUUCAUAAAUACAUGCCAUAUUUAUUCAAAGCACAGACCACAGCCAAUUUGUUCUUUAUGUUAAUCUUCCACAACUUCUACUGGUGUAUGAAAUAACUAAUGGAUAUUAAGUGUAAUCUUAAAAAAAGGACAAUUUAAAUUGGAAACUGCAGGUGAUUAAAACUGAACGUCUGAUGGUGCACUCGGACCUGAAUGACCAACUCUGAAGGAAAAUGGCUGGACCAAAAACAAUACAGUCCUAUACAGCAGUUUUACCAGAAUAUCAGAAUUCAGACUCUAGAAGACAUAGAGAGCCAUAGUGCAUCUUUAAUUGUUUUUUGCCUUUAUCCACCCUUACCAAUAUCAUUUAGAAAAUGUGCAUAACUGCACAACCCUUAGAACAGGUAAGAACAAGAGAAUGUUACUAGAGUUAGAAUACUUUCUGACUACUGUGAUGGAGCCAGCAGCGUCAGGUGACACGUCUUCUUACAGGCUACAACUAGUUAUGGUCGACAGGGUGCCCCAGAGCAGUUCCUUGGAGAACAUUUAACAUGGGUUUAAGAAUAUCUGUCAUUGAGUCAGAGUAAAAUACUCCAUAAGCAACUUCACGAAGCAGAACUCAUCUUGAGAAGUUGACAGUCAUUCACACACUGUCUUCGUCUUAAGGGCUGUACACAGAGACUGUGUGUUUCUCUGAAAUGUUGGUACCUGAAAGCCAAAUGGCAUCACAACCCAGACAUCAUCCAUUACUGUGCUCACAAGACCCUGUCACUGAAUACUUUCUUGGCCUAUAUAUUCACAUUUUAAUAUGAAUGACGACUUCCAAGAUAUUCUGUAUGUAUUCACGAUAAUCCCCAUAUAUGAUAUAUGCCUCAUCUGUCUUAUUCUGAUUUCAUCACAUUUUCACAUAAUGUCUUAUUUCCUUUUACCUUUUCAAUACUGUCAUUAGGCACAAAUGUUCCCUAAGUAUUCAAAAAAUUCCAUUAUUUUGACAAUACAGUGUGUCAACAUGUCACAUAUGAUGAAGUUCAGCAGAAGAUGGCUUCUAAGCAGUGUGAAUUAAAUCUUUACUUAUUAGUAUGCAUAAAAGGUGUUCUUUCUAACAAAUUAAGUAAUAAAAAUUUUUAUUCGUUAACCAUGUUAACUGCAAACACUUCUCCCAAGUUGUUUAACAGUGCUAUAUAACCUUUGCUGUUGAAACAGUCAUUAAAUUACCUAUGAAUCAAUCAAUCCAACUGUACACAAUUCACCACCUUUUAAAACUCAAAAUAUUUUACACUACUUGUAUUUAAAAUCCAAAAAAUAUGUAUUCCUUUACAUUAUUCAAGUGAAAUUUCAAAUAAAUAAUUUCAUCAAAAAUA